GUUGUAGUGGUCUACGGUAUAUCUAGUACUACUAUUAAUACUACUAGUACGUAGUACAGUCAAGUUUGAGUUUGCCGUUGAAAAGGGUGGCGGGCAAAUAUCCGGAUUAUCCGGAUAUUGCCCAUCAGGUGCACGACUUUUGAGCCGCGAGUUGACAAGUGUGAGUUGUCGUCCCGAUGUUUGCCACCAAGUUGCUGGCCACGAGAUCUCCCACCACCGCGGCCAAGUCCUUCCGUCAUGGCGCCAAGGUAGUGUUGACAACUCCUCGCCGUGUUCACAUGCAACCUUUCUCGACCGCGGGACCUCCCCUGCCGCCCCCUGCCGCUGUGGCCUCGUCCACCCGCGAGUCGUUGAGUCCGCGGGAAGGCCUUCCUCGAUGGCCGAGCUUGACGUCGGCGACAGGGUGUCUGCGGACGCUAGACUGGUUUGGCAGCGUCGUUUUCGCCGUGAGCGGUUCGCUCACCGCCGCCACGGCGGGUUGCGACCUUCUGGGGUGUACACUCAUCGGCACGAUCACCGCAGUGGGGGGCGGCACCCUGCGCGACGCGUUGGUCCUCAACAAGCAACCGUUUUGGAUCGAAGAAUGGGAGUACUUGGUGUUUAGUGGCGCGGCGGCGGCGGGCGCCUUUUACUUGUGGGGGCAGAUCCCUGCGGGCGACGAAGUCAUCGAGGGCACGGGGUUGACGUUGAAAUCGGCCGACGGCGGCGAAGGCACCCUCAUGGACUGGGGCGACGCCGUCGGAGUCGGCGCGUUCGCGGUCAUCGGGGCCAUGAAUGGCAUCCGUGCACAAAGUCCACUCCUCGUCUCUGCGCUCUGCGGCAUGAUGACGUCGACCUUUGGCGGCAUGACGCGCGACACCCUGCUCAACCGUCCCGUGCGCAUCCUGCACCCGUAUGCAGACACGUACGCCCCGAUCGCAUUCACCGGCGCCGCUGCGUACUUGGCCAUGCGAGCCGUAGCGCCACAGUACCAGGGACUUCGCAUUGCUUCGUGUGUGGCGCUGGCCGUGGGACUGCGCCAGCAAGCGUGGACGGACGGGUGGCGGCUGCCACAUUGGGAUGUCGAAGGCGUGGUGGCGCACUCUGCGCACGAUCCCAGGACCCAGUAGAUGUCUUAUUGUACGAGUUUGGGUUGCCUGAAUAAGCGUCAGUGCAGUACAGUACUCUCAAACGUCAACCUCUGACCAUGUAUGAAAGCUUGCUGUGCAGACAGUAUCUACAUAUGUACGUUCUGUGGCCCAA